AUGGCCAACACCAGUGGACAGGACGGCUCUGUAUCCGCCUUAGAGCAUUCAAUCAUGUCUUUCGAAAGACCACCUCCGAUUUCAGUCGCUGUAAAUCCAGUGGCUCUCGUCGUCACAGAAUGUAUUACAGUCACCUCCGCGAUGCGGAAGCACACCCGCUGGGCGCAUUCCUCCGUAUCUGCAAUACUUGGAGGGAGCUCGAACAAGGCGCCAGCCGUUCAUAGACGGGAGAGGUCGGGUCAGGGUAUCGUCAGCCCUUCCGAGCAAGAAGAUGCUGUGGCCAGUCGAUGGGGCUUAAGGGGAAAGAAGGGCAAGAGCAUGCAGGACAAUCCUUUGAUGUCUGCUUUUGCGCGUCUAAGGAAUGACCUCAAAGGCUGUAAAGAUAUUCGAACAUUUGAUACCCCCUCCCUCCUCCACCCUUUCCUACAGGUCAUCCGCUCUUCCUCGACUUCAGCACCUAUCACAUCGCUUGCACUUAUUGCAAUUACUAAAUUCCUCUCAUACAACAUUAUAAGUCGAGACUCGCCGCGACUCUCAGAAGCUAUGCAGCUGCUUGCUUCUGCAAUUACACAUUGCCGAUUCGAAGCCAGCGAUUCUGCCGCGGACGAGAUAGUUCUCCUCAGGAUAUUGAAGCUCAUGGAGGGCAUGAUAUCUGGACCAGGGGGUGCCAUACUCGGUGACGAAAGCAUCUGCGGCAUGAUGGAAUGUGGAUUGAGCAUGUGUUGCCAGGCCAGGCUCUCAGAGCUUCUCCGGAGGUCUGCAGAAAUAUCGAUGGUCUCGAUGUGCCAGGUGAUAUUCGAAAGACUCAAACAUUUGGAAGUCGAGGCCGGAGAGGAGCCUGGAGCGCUGGAGGAAGAUACGAAGGACGACAUGGAUGCUGUCAGAAUGGAGCCUUCUGUGAACGGGACCAGCCUCGCAGUUCCCGCGCCAAACUCAGAGGAAGGUCGGCAGUCGAAUAGUCUGGAAAAGGGCCCACAAGAGGGCGACGAUUCGAUCGUCGACGUCAGUGGUAGUACCCUGGAUUUGACAACAACCGCUGCAGUAGAGGAGGACAAGCCUGUGGAGAUCAAGCCAUAUUCGCUGCCCUCGAUAAGGGAGCUUUUCCGAGUACUUGUCAACCUACUGGAUCCACACGAUCGACAGCACACCGACACAAUGAGAGUAAUGGCCCUGCGGAUAGUGGACGUAGCACUCGAGGUAGCUGGGCCUUCAAUCGCAAACCACCCGAGUUUGGCCAACCUAGCAAAAGAUACCAUGUGCCGACAUCUUUUCCAGCUGGUACGGUCAGAGAACAUGGCUAUCUUGAACGAAUCCCUUCGCGUGGCCGGAACGUUAGUAGCAACCUGCAGAGGCGUCCUGAAGCUACAGCAAGAGUUGUAUCUAUCCUACCUGAUUACUUGCCUGUUUCCUCGAGUAGAGAUACCUUUGGAACCUGGCAUAGAGCCAUCAUUAUACGAAGGUGUCCCGCAAGCUCCGAGUCUAGUAAAGCCUCCUCCCUCUCUAGCCAGCACCAGCGGCCGGUCGACCCCUGUCCCAGUGAAGGACCGACAGCGAUUAGGCCUAGAAGGAGGCUCCAGGAAACCGGACGCAAGAGAGGCAAUGGUGGAAAACUUGGGAGCCUUAGUCCGCAUCCCUUCGUUCAUGGUCGAGCUAUUUGUCAAUUACGAUUGCGAAACAGAUCGUAGCGACCUAUGUAUGGAUAUCGUGGGGCUUCUGUCGAGGAACGCCUUUCCCGAUUCUGCAACUUGGAGCACAGUAAAUGUUCCUCCAUUAUGCCUGGACGCUCUUCUUGGGUACGUCCAGUCCAUCGCAGACCGAUUGGAAGACAAGCCUGAAUCCGAAGGGUAUCCUGAUCCCGCCCAUCUGCGGGAAGAAAGAGCACGCAAGAAGAUCAUCAUCCGUGGAGCAACUAAGUUCAACGAGAACCCAAAGGCCGGAAUCGCAUUCCUUACGUCCCAGGGCAUCAUCAAAGAUCCAAACGAUCCCCGUUGCAUAGCCGAGUUUGUCAAAGGCACCGCUCGCGUGGAUAAGAGGGUGUUGGGAGAAUACAUUUCGAAGAAGUCAAACGAAGCAAUACUCAGUGCUUUCAUCGAUCUUUUCGACUUCACUGGCCAGAGAGCAGAUGAAGCUCUGAGGCAGCUUUUGAAUUCGUUUCGUCUUCCUGGCGAGUCAGCACUGAUUGCGAGAAUCGUUACGGAGUUUUCUGAGCAGUAUUGUGCCAAAACGAUGCCAGAAGGAAUUGCAGACAAAGACGCAAUCUUUGUGCUGACGUACGCAAUUAUCAUGCUGAACACCGAUCAGCAUAACCCCAAUAUGAAGCAGGCCCGGAUGUCCAUUCUAGAUUUUUCAAAGAAUCUCAGGGGAGUCAAUGGCGGGAAAGACUUUGAUCCGGAAUACCUUCAGGACAUCUACGACUCGAUAAAGACCCGUGAAAUUAUCCUUCCUGAGGAGCACGACAAUCGGCAUGCGUAUGAGUACGCCUGGAAAGAGCUACUACUCAAGAUUCACUCUGCUACAGAUCUGGUCAUAUGCGAAACUAACAUAUAUGAUGCAGAUAUGUUUGCUGCAACAUGGAAGCCUAUUGUGGCGACCCUCUCGUAUGUCUUCAUGUCGGCAACAGAUGAUGCUGUGUUCUCUCGCGUCGUUACUGGAUUUGACCAAUGCGCUCAAAUCGCUGCGAAAUAUGGCCUAAGCGACGCCCUGGACCGUAUCAUUUCUUGCUUGUCCUACAUCAGCACACUGGCCCCUGAAGUGCCUCCCAACACUUCCUUGAACACCGAGGUUCAGGUUGACAAGAAGAGCGUCAUGGUCAGUGAGACAGCCGUCAAAUUUGGCCGUGAUGGAAGAGCACAACUUGCCACCGUCGUCCUCUUCCAGGUCAUCAAAGGAAACGAAGCAUCAAUUCGAGACGGCUGGGAUCGACUAAUCCACAUAAUGUUGAAUCUUUUCGUCAAUUCAUUGAUACCCCCGUAUUUCUUGUCUUUCCAAAAGACACUUGCCUUACCGCCUAUCCCUCUACAAAGUCCUGCACAAAUCAUCGAUCGCGCCGAACGGCCAGCCGAUACUGGCAUCUUCUCAGCAUUGACGUCGUACGUGUCAAGCUUCGCAAACGACGAACCUCCAGAGCCGUCCGAUCAGGAAAUAGAGUACACGCUUUGCACCGUUGAUACUGUCAAAGAAUGUCAUUUCGAGGACAUACUCUCCAAUAUCAGCCAGCUUCCGAUUGAGUCACUCAAGUCUUUACUUAUCUCUCUCCUGGAGCAAAUCCCAGAGGAUGGCUCACCUCGAGUAAUCGUUGUGAAGUCAGAUAUCCCGCCGACUACGAACCCAAGGCAGAACGGAAACAAGAACAAGUUCAACCAGCCAGUGUACGAUCCCAGCCUUGUAUUCGUGCUCGAACUGGCCACCGUGCUGGCGUUGCGAGACGAAGAGACUGUCCGCGAGUUGGCGAAAGAUGUUACGGAUGCUUUAGAGAGCGUCAUAAGAGAUGCGGCUAAAUUGCACUCCGUGGUGACAGCAAGAUCUGUUUACUAUCUUUUGAGUCUGCUAAAGGCAAGCAAUGACUUUGAUUUCAUCCGGGCUCCUGUGGUACUUCAUACCUUCUCAAGCUUUGACCCGCAGCUUUUGAAGAAGUGCGCUCAGCCGUUACUUAAAGGCCUUGCAGAUUGUAUCAAAGGUCCAACUGGUCUGCGCAGCGAGAUGGCGAACUCGCCAGACUUCUGGUCCAUCCUCAACACGUUACGCUCGGUCCCUGAGGCAGCUGGGGACGUGUUCCAGAUCGUUGAAGAAUUGGCAAAUUCCACCCACCCGGGAAUCACGGCGGAUAAUUAUGAGGCUGUAAUUACUUUGCUCAACGAGUUCGCAACUGAUGGCCAAGUUGGCGCUCAGCAAGAACAGCGGCGAGACCAAAACGCGAGAAGAGGCAAGCCAGCUAAGCCAAAGAAGCCCGAAACGAAUGAAGCAGUGAUUCGUGGCACUCAGUCGAUGAGCAUUAUCUACCAAAUGUCAAGCCGGGUUCCUAAUUUCAUUAUACAGUCACAUCUCGAACCUAAUGAAGCGUGGACUGCGUACUGGUCGCCCAUUCUGGUGGCGCUCACAAAGCAAUGCCUCAACCCUUGCCGAGAAAUUCGACAACAGGCAUUUGCUUCUCUACAGCGAACGUUGCUGUCUAACGAGCUAGCCUCCCCAGAUCACAAGGAAUGGACGGACAUCUUUGGAGAAGUCCUUUUCCCACUCAUCACGCAGCUACUGAAGCCGGAAAUUUACCAGUCUGAUCCAGUAGGCAUGAGUGAGACGAGAGUCCGAGCUUCGACGCUGCUCUGCAAAGUGUUCCUGCACUAUCUCGUCAUGCUGUCAGACUGGGAUGGGAUGCUCGAUCUGUGGAUCAAGAUCAUUACCAUUAUGGAUAGGCUCAUGAACAGCGGGCAGGGUGACAGUUUGGAGGAGGCUGUUUCGGAAAGCUUGAAGAAUAUUCUAUUAGUCAUGUCGAGCGGUGGUUUCCUGGCUCCGCCGGACCAGAAGCCCGAGCAUGAAGAGUUGUGGAACGAGACGUGGAAGCGUCUGAACAGGUUUUUGCCCAACUUCUUCGCGGAGCUCUUCCCGGAGGAGGCGCAGAAACCGCCGCCAGCAGUAAAGAAACCGGUUGCGGAGGAGAAGCCGGCAGAGGCGGCAGAGCCCGCAGAGGCAGAGGCAGCAGACGAGGAAGCGGCGGCGGAGUGAGUGGAGAGCGCGCCGUUGCCGAAAAAGUGGGCAGGCCGUCAUGCUAAACUUGGCCUUAGCGAACUACACAAACACUUUGUGAUGGUGAGCCGCAGUGGCCAGGAGAAGAGCAUGGGAUAGUUGGGAUCGCUCUCUUUUGGUGUUGUAGCAUAGCAGACUAUUGCCAGUAGUCCAGUGGCGUGGAGCAAAGAUAGGCGCAUUUCAUCGUUGGAAGGGGUAGCGUCUUGGAGUGCGAUUGUUCGACGAUAGCAAAAAGCUGGUGGUCAGGAAGGCCCCGGUGCACAUCAAUAUACCUGCGAGGUUUCUGAAAC